UUCCCCUCCCUGUAAAGCGAACUGACGCCGUUUUGCCAGCACUCAGGUGACCCCUGAACUCUCGGGUUUUGCCAGGAGUCCGCCAUAUUGACUGUUGUGUCUUAGCCCGAGAAACCAGGCAAGGCUGGUGCAACCGAAAGUGUGUAUUUUUGCCAAGGAUAAACUGGUACAAACUAGGCUGAAGGGAUUCAGAGAGACUUGGAGUAUGGCCAGGAAAAAAAACAAGCAAAUGGGAGCCGUCAGCAAGGAGCCGAUAGCAGGGCAAGAGAGCCUCGCUAAGACUAGCACCCUCUCUCCCGGCGAUGCAGCUGGCGGUGGCGGAGAUGUAGCAGUGGACCGGCUGCCCAAGACGAAUCAGCCUCUGCCCGUCGGCACUGCCUCUGCCCAGUCCAUGCACACCUGCUGCCUGCUGUGCCACCGCGAGCGCAAGGAAUGGGGCACGAGCCCUGCCAACGGGCUGCCUGGCUCCGGAGUGGUGCCAGCGCUCUCGCAGGCCCUGCUGGGAGAGGAGCAGGCAGGCAGGACGGUGCCGGAUGCCAUGCCGUCGCUGUCUCAGAGCCUGCUGGGAGAGGUGCCCCUGUGGAUCUGCCAGAGCUGCCGGAAGAGUGUGGAGGAUGAGGAGAGAAGGGCAGCGCAGGAGCAGGCUCUCGCAGUGUCCCUUUCACACUCCUCCUGUAAGACGCAGAGCUGUGGGAACGGAUAUCCGGAUCACGGCAGCUCUGUGGACUGGGACCCCAGCUCCUUCCUGUCUGCCCACAAGCUCUCGGGGCUGUGGAACUCGGCACACACGAAUGGGGGAGCGCACUGUAACCACACGGCUGCCGCGCACACACAGCAGGGCGGUACGGCGGGACCAGCCUGCCAUGAAAAAAGACCUUCUCAUGAGGCUCCUGGCAAAGCCGCAAAGCCUGCUGGGACCAAGGUGUGUCCUUACAGUCACCCAGUAUCCCAGAAUUCCAGUGGGGCGGCUCCCAGCUCUCCCCUCUCUACCUCCUCUGAUCUGUGCAAGACCACCCCCAAGCACUUCAAGACCAUGUGCCGGAGACCCACGCCUCCAGGCGAAGCCUUCCACUCAUCAGAGCACCAUCAGCACUCGGACCUAGCAGUGCCGCCCAACAGUCCCACGGGGCUCUCUUCCCAGCAUUCCUCUCUGCUGCCGCCCAGACAAGCGCCCAGCCAGCAUGUGCAUGCGACCUCGCCUGGCUCGGGGUCAGCCACGCAUGCUCCUUUCUCCCCUCUGGUACCAAACGUUCAUGUGCCAGUAUCCAAGAUAGCGGCUGGGCCGGACAGUCCCGUCUCUUUACACAAGCCCGGGGCGUGCAAGAACGCUCACGUUCCACCGGCCAACACACCGCACACCAAAAUGGCAGCACCCCCUACUGGAUGCAGUCAUCCCUGCAGUGGGCACUGCAAUGGGACCAGCGCAUCUCCUAGCGUGGCACAUUUACCCUCCGGAGGCUGCAGGGACCAGGCAUGCAAAGGGCACAAGCAGGUGAACGGGAUGGCCUGCCACCCGCCCUGUGAGCUGGAGGAGGGGCUGUGCGAGGACGAGGACAGCAGCUCCGAGAGAAGCUCCUGUGCUUCGUCCUCCACCAAUCAGAAGGACGGGAAGUACUGCGACUGCUGCUACUGCGAGUUCUUUGGACACAACGCGCCCCCUGCCGCCCCAACGAGCCGGAACUACGCAGAGAUCCGAGAGAAGCUGCGCUCACGGCUGACCCGGCGCAAAGAGGAGGUGCCACAGCAGCCGGACUCGGACCCGGCUGAGCCCAGUGCCAUCGACCAUCGCGAUGUCAACGAGCUACUGGACUUCAUCAACAGCAACGAGCCCAAACCUGUCAACAGCGCCAAGGCUGCCAAGCGUGCCCGCCACAAACAGAAGAAGAAGGAGAUGGAGAAGGUUCAGCAGUGCAGCGUGGAGCCCCCAAGGCCUGACCUGUGCUCCUCUCCUCCAGGGCAGCAGGCAGUGGGGGCUGUGACGGGGGAGAGCGGCCGGCUGCUGGAGUGGCCUCAGCUGGAGCUGGAGCGGGUGAACAGCUUCCUGACGAGCCGGCUGGAGGAGAUCAAGAACACCAUCAAGGACUCGAUCCGCGCCUCCUUCAGCAUGUACGACCUCAACCUGGACGUCAACGACUUCCCCAAGAAAGCUGCCACCCUGGAGAGCAACCGCCUGCUGUCACACCUCAACGGCACCUCCGAGCUGCAGCAGAUUGACUUGGACCUGUCCCCGCUGACCCUGGGCAGCCUGAAGAACCACCUGGUGAACGGCAGGGAGGAGCUGGGCUCAGCGGACAGCCCCGUGGCCAGUGAUGUCCGACGGCUCAACGCCACGCCCAGCCUCUCUAAACUGAUCCGGGUGCGCUCGCCGGAGAGGAAUGGGAGUGCCAACACCGGCACCUCCCCAGCACCACCACCACCGGGCACCACCACCGCCACCAAGGAGGAAUGCCCAGACCCCAAAGAUACAGCAGCUGCAGGAGCUGGCAAUGGCAAGCAGAGGAAAGGCAAGAAGCAGCAGCAACAGCAGCAGCAGCAGUCCAAGACCCUGAAGCCUGAACCCCAGAAAACAAAGGAGACGCAAGCCAGGGUAUCGGGGUCCGGAAGUAGCUCCAAAGUGGCCUCAAAACAAUCGGCCCAAGCCCUGCCCAUGGUGGUGGAGCCCCACAAGGGCCAAGCGGUCCAAGGCAGGAGGCCUGAAGAAAGCAAGGGGAACCGGCAAGGGCAGAACGGGGCCUUUGAUGCGGGCGGCUGCAGGCAGCUAGAGAGGAACAAUGGAGGGCCCCAGGAUAUGAAAAAUGGCCCCAGAGUGGAGCUUGAGCCCGAGACAAGGGCCCACACCCCUGCAUCAACAGGCUCCCAGCAGCCCAAGGGAAAGAGCAAAAAGAACAAGAACAAGGCGGACAAGUCCAGCACUUCUGUCGAUGAUGUGUUUCUCCCCAAAGAUCUGGAUGGGACUGAAAUGGAUGAAAUUGACCGGGAGGUGGAAUACUUCAAGAGGUUUUGCCUGGAUUCUGCCAAACAAACGCGACAGAAAGUGGCGGUGAACUGGUCCAACUUCAGCCUGAAGAAGGUUCAUUCAAAUGCAGCUCAGUGAGGUGGAGGUUUCGCGAGCAGAGAGCGCCCAGAAUUCACACCCUCCACAAUAUCCCAACACGACAGUCUGAUUGAAGACAGAUCUGCCGCCGGCACUUACUGCACAGUGGACAAGAGCAGCUCCAGCCCGCAUCCUCCUCCUCCUCCUCCUCCUCCUCCUACACAAACAUGCAACACAGCUGCUUCAGCUCCUAAUGACUUGAGUUACCCCACUACCCCGUAACCCCAGGGUUUUAUCAAUUCGUAUUCAGACUCCGAGCAACACUUCCUGUCAGUGCAGCCUGCCCCGGGGUCAGGACUGGAUUAACUGACCUACACUAGAUACCUGCUUCUACUAUUGUAUUGUCCUUCCUGUCUAGGAGUUUGCAGCACAGGGAUGCAGGGUCCUAGUGCACUAGGUGUAGUGUAGCAGGGUCUCGUUUUAAAGCAAAUGCAAAGGCACGUUUCCAGAGAGGCAUGAAAUCCUUUUCCUAGUAUCCACCUGACAUGAAACCGCGCCUCUGCAAGUUGUUUCUUGUUUGCUUUUAUGCCUUUGCAAAUGUUUUAUUCCUUUCAGAAAACGUGUCGUGCACUUUCUGCAAAAAAAAGAGCCUGUACUGUGUGUUUUUUUUCUUGGCCGUGUCGGCACUUUUUCCAAGCGGAGAGCAGACUGUUCUGGUUCUAAUUCAGCAUUCAGGCUGGUAAAAUAAUUCAUAUCCAUGGUUAUUAAAAAGAAAAAAAAUAAUUAUUCUUGAAAAGACAGUAAGAUAUAAGAUAAAAAACCAAAAAGGGUGUCGCAGUCCAUUCAGCUGUGACUGGAAGAAAACAGAGAAACUGCCACCCUUUCCUCACCUGUAACCAUAUAUUUGUGUUGCUGGUAUUGUCUAUUAAAGAUUUGUCUCCAAAAGCCAGCGCCAUCUGCUGGUUACACUGAGGUACUCCAAACCAUUGCUGAUCUAGACAGAACAAAGUUUAAGGAUCUCCGUGAUUAGAAACUUUUAACAACGACAUCAAAUAUCAGUGUAAACUGCUGUUUGUGCCAGACUGUUAGUGACACACAAUCAAGUUUCUAUUCUAAUAUAGUUUGUGCGAUGGACACGCACAACAAUAGCAAUCUCACUUCCUUGUGCAGCCUUUAAAUACAUGGCAAAAAAAAAGAAGUGACAUUAAAUUAAAAGCAUAUCGAUUUAAAUAAUAAUAAUAAAACAAAAAUACAUUUAAAUAAUUGCGGAACUAAACAAAGCAUGGAAUAAUUUUUAUUCUAAACAAUUUUAGAAUUGAGAAUUUUUUUUUUUUUCCUGAUAUGAUUUGUGGAAUUGGAGCGUUUAAUAUGCAUUGUUGCUGCACAGCCCCCUCAAUUCCAGUGUUCUGGGCUCUUAUCUGAGUUUGCUGUACAACCCUGUAAUCAUCGUCGUCUUUCAUUUUUGUACUUCAGUACAGUGAUGCAACUAACCGUUUCUAAUGCAACCCACAGUAGCCUCAAGAACUGCUUUGUAUGAAGCUUCAAUGCACUUGCUGUGCUGUGUCCUCCCUUACAGGAGCUGCCCUGUAGCACUGCAGUGUCCAGCCCUGCUUUCUAGCACAGCUGUGUAGAUUUAGCACUGACAAUGCUCUCCUAUUACUGUACUGCUUUCAUCAAAUGUUUCUUAGUGGGGGACCCAGUCCCUGAAAUGUUAUGUGGGGUAACAAGACUGUCACAGAUGUGCUGCUGCUGCUGCAGCCGCUGCUCCUUUCUCUGUUGUAGCUGGGUGCCCCUCUGGGACACUGGGUAGGUUAUAUGGGGUAUUUCACAAAUGCUUUCUGAUUCUGACAUGAAUGAGAUGUAAUUUUUUUUUUUUUUUUUUUUUUUGUGUUUCAUAUUUUACAAGAUCUCUGGUGCUGUCCAGGUUAUAUUAAACUACGAGACAAUAUCUUAAAGUUUGGAAUGUAGGUUUAUACUGUACCAUUAAGGGCCAAGUGUAUGUUGGCUUCUCCUGGUUUUUUAUUAUUAUUAUUCACUUUUGAUACUGUGAAAGAAUCUUUCAUUCCGAAAGAUUUUAAAAAUACAGUUUUGACUAAAGAAAAA